AGUGCCACCUGUCAGUGUUCAUCAGUGCCAGUGCCCAUCAGUGCCACGUGCCAGUGCCCAUCAUUGCCACAUCAAUGCCACAUAUCAGUGCAUACCAGUGCACAUCAAUGCCACAUAUCAGUGCCCAUCUGAGCUGCCUUUCAAUGUCACCCAUCAGUGCCAGUCAGUGCCACCUAUCAAUGCCAAUCAGUGUCAGUGCCACCUAUCAGUGCCAUCAGUGCCGCCUAUCAGUGCCAGUCAGUGCCGCCUAUCAGUGCCAGUCAGUGCCACCUAACAGUGCCAGUCAGUGCUGCCUAACAGUGCCAGUCAGUGCUGCCUAUCAGUGCUCAUCAGUGCCACCUAUCAGUGUCAUGUAUCAGUGCUGCCUUUCAGUGCCCAUCAGUGAUGCCUGU